AUGGUCUCGACGCCUCGUCGGUCGCCGCAGGGAUGGAUCACUUCUCCGGAGAAAAUGUGUGCGGGAAUAAUCUCGAUUUUUAUUGGAAUGGGUCGGAUAGCUACGACAUGUACAUCGCUGGAGGAGAUGGGUCUGUGGUUGGAUGGUGCUAUCCAGGAGGUGGUGAUCAUCUCUAUUGCAAUGACGGGCUUUGGGUCAACGACUGUACCGAUGCUUGGAUUUGUUAUUCCUACAUAUGCAACUGAGCUUCGCCGAAUCAUAUGUUGUCGCCGGUAG